AUGAAAUUGCGUUCCCUUGCUCGGCCUUAUUUGUCUUGUCAGAUUAAUUCGGGAUCGAACGCUCUUUUCUGGCAUGACGAUUGGACUGGUCUCGGUCCACUUUUAGACAAUACCGGAGCCAACGGUCCGAGAGUUUCUGGUAUUCGGUCUAUGGCGGUAGUGGCUGAUGCAAUAUCUAAUGGGGUCUGGGCUUUACCAGCUGGAAGACAUCCGAUCCUGGUCCUUCUCCGUGGGUGUCUCCCUAUAUCUGUUCCUGAUGUGAAUUCUACUAUCUCGGAUUUUUAUUUGUGGAGGAACUCUCAGGGCUCUCCUCCUGGAGCAUUUUCAACAGCAAAAAUGUGGAUUUCUCUCUACCCUACUCCACCAACUCUACCUUGGACUACGACAGUUUGGUCUAAAAGCAGAAUUCCAAAACAUGCUUUUAUCCUUUGGGUGGCAUUAAGGAACCGCUUGACGACCCGAGAUAAGCUGCGUAGUUGGGGAAUGACUGUGCCGGAGAAUUGUCUUCUCUGCGGAACAGGGCAAGAGUCAAGGAACCACAUUUUCUUUCAAUGUCCCUAUUCCUUGCAUGUUUGGGGAAGUUUCUUACAUCAUAGAUCCUUAUCUCCUCCAAUCGAUUUCGAUGAUAUUGCGAUUUGGACUCAGUCGGCUUCACCAAUCAAGAAGGUCAGAGUUAUUUGUAACCUGGUUUACCAAGCGGUGGUCUACAUAGUGUGGAGGGAGAGGAACUCGAGGCUGCACUCAUCUAUCUCAAAACCUCCCGAAGUGUUAACGAAAGAAAUUCAGGUGAUUCUCAAGGCAAAACUCUUCUCUAUGGACAGGCUUGUUGUUACUCGGUCACAGCAGUCCUCUACUAAUGGUGGCGAAGAAGAAUCUUAUCUCUAUAAUUGGUUCAAAUUUUUCCAGCGUUGA